AUGGCUUUAGAAUCAAUGGCUGUGAGUGUUAUGAAACAAGAAUCAUCACCUGGUUUAAAACUUGAUGAUGAGGUAUAUGAUCAUGAGAUGACAUUAGAAGAUGAUUCACAUUCAGAUUUUGAUAAUAAAUCACCUACACUUAAUUGUAAUUUUAAUUCACAUGUUAAAAGGCCAAUGAAUGCAUUUAUGGUAUGGUCUAGGGGACAAAGACGUAAGAUGGCUCAGGAGAAUCCAAAGAUGCACAAUAGUGAGAUAUCUAAAAGAUUAGGUGCUGAGUGGAAAAAUUUAGGUGAAAUUGAGAAACGACCUUUUAUUGAUGAAGCAAAAAGGUUAAGAGCAUUACAUAUGAAGGAACAUCCAGAUUAUAAAUAUAGACCAAGAAGAAAACCAAAAAAUGUUUCUACAAAUUCUUCACCAACACUUAUUAAUCAUCCAUCAAAUAUGUCUGUUCAAUCACUACCACGUAUGGGAGGUAAUCAACCUUCAGUAUUAGGAAAUAUUAAUUCUAUAUCUCCAUUUGGAACUUUUGGCAAUCCACAAUUACCUUUGAAUCCUAUACUUACUACACAACUUCUUAACCAUCUAUCUGAUCUCAGUAAAUUGUCGUCUGGAGGCAAUCACCAUCAACCACAACAACCACAUCAUUUACAACAAAAUCAAAUAUCAGCAGCAACAGCAGCAGCAUUGUCAUUUGAAGCAAUGCAACGAUCUUUACUUCAUCAUAUGACAUUAUCACAAUUUCAACAGAUGCCACCAAUUCCAACUAUAAAAGGAAAUCAGGUCGCGACAAGUUCUUCAACAACCAACACCACAAGUCCAACCAGUGAUAUGGAGAAUAUUGUUUCUGAUACAAAUUCAUCCUCUCCAAUGAACAACAAUAAUAAUAAUAAUAAUACAGCUUCUUUAUUUCUAAAUUCUAUCGGUGUUUCUCCAGCAGCAUUUAUGCAUUCCUUAACUACAGCUCCACAUAAUUUAAAUAUGUAA